AUCUAGUUGUAGUGUCUGAAGUCAAUGUAUAGCUGCGUCGGCUCUCGGUGUUUGGCGUAUUGAUUACCUGGGAGUCCCAGGCGGUCGCGACGACUUGGGCACCGAAGGACAAGUUAGCUGCUUGCUGCGGGCCAAUGUGCCAACGUGGUUCGUUACAGCCGGUUAUGGUUCAACUCGGGACUCGGCAACCAUCGACGUCAGCUGACGAGUGCCCGGCUACACGUUCAGCGUUUCGGCAUCGCGUGUCAUGUCCAGCUUUCAAUGCCCCCAAGUCCUGCUGUACAACUUGUUUACCUGCUCGCCAUGCUCUUUCGGGUCACUCUUGUGCUCAUGACGAGCGCCUCCUAGCGGACCAACCUUUCCGUUUGGUGGUCCGGAGGAUGCCAGUCAAGGCUAAGCCGUCGGCCGCAAUGUCAUCAACGUCUAGAUUGCCGAUGGCUGAGCAAGCGCAUUCGUUCAACAAGGCGGGGGAAAGAUCCGCGCAGUCGUCCAUGUGUUGACGACUGCAGGCUCCUCGGCGUUUCCGUGUGCACUGCCAGGGCGUACCGAGAUCCCUGCACCAAGAACGGCAGCCAAUUCGCUGGGAGACAUGGC